GACAACCGAUGAAUCAACAACAAAGAGGUCGUUUGCAAGUGGUUAGAUCUUCUUUACCAUAUCAAAUAUUACUAUACCUAAAUGGGUGGUAUUUCGGAUUCUUUCUCCUUGCAGAAGUUUUGAUAUUCAUAUUUAAAGCUGAAACACUGCCAUUUGCAUCCAAUACUCUUGCAGCUGAAGUUAUAUUAGUUUUUUUAUUGGCAGCACUAGAGGGUUUACGUUUAUUUUUUGGUAGAAAAGGAAAUUUAACAGAACAAACAGUUGGUGUAAUAAUAUCAGUGUUAUUAAGUAUACCAGCUAUAUUGGGUGCUAUAUUUAUAUUAUUGUGGCAGACUUAUGUCUUAAGACUAGAUGUUAUAUUAGCUGCUAUACAAUUAGCAUUUAUUGCCUUAGAACUGGUUUUUGGUGUCAUCUCCAUCAUAUCAUUUGCAAGAGCUUCACCUUACUAAAGAAGAGAAUAGAGAUUUUAUAUUUUAUACUGAAUUGUUAAUCAUGUAGAUAGUGAUCAUUCCGUCCUUGUAAUAUUCAUACUAAUUGUUGUAUAAAACUUUUACUACAAACAUC